GAUAUCAAGAACAACAAAGCUGAAGAAUUGCCAAAUUAUGAAGAAGAACCAUCAAGGAAAAAGUUAAAAAGUGACAAACAUGACAAAAAGCUUAAAGAGUCAGAAUAUGACAUUGGCAGAACAAUUGUGAUAACAGGAAUUGCAACAUCAGGCAUUAAUCCAAAUCAUAUUCGGAAAAAGUGUCGCAAAGUUGGGACAGUGGAGACAGUCACAUUCCCAGUUGAAGGACGGGAUAAACCAACGGCAUUUGUUAUGUUCAAGUCUCACAAGGAUGCAAGAGAAGCUGUUAAGAAACUGAAUGGAAGGAUUUUUAAAGGCAACUCCAUUGAAGCUGUUCUUCUUUCCAGAGAGGGAAAGACUCCUAGUCAAAAAUCUUUGAAGAAGUCAAGAGUGAUUGUGAGAAACUUGUCAUUCAAAUGCAAAGAGGAAGACCUUCAGAAAUUUUUCUCUCAGUUUGGACAAGUUACUGAGGUAAAAAUUCCUUCCAAGAUGGAGGGAAAGAGAAAGCUUAGCCUGGGGUUUGCAUUUGUGCAGUUUUCCAAUGUCUUUGAUGCUGCUAAAGCCAUCAAAGAAUCAAACAUGAAGGAGAUUCUUGGGCGUCCUGUAGCAGUAGACUGGGCAGUUCCAAAAACCAUGUUCGAAACAAAGAAAGGCGAAGAAGGUUUGUUGUUUGAGUUGCUUUAGUUUUAAUAGCCUUGCCAUUGACACAUGAUUUACAUUUAUGCAUUAAGUUGGAAAAAGUGAGCAAUAUCAAUCAUCAACCUUAGUUUAUUUGGUGAUUUUUACUGUGCAAGUCAAUUUGUAAUGAUUACAAACCACAGAAGGAUUAGCUCAGUUAGUACAGAAUGUAGAUUGCUUGACUACAGAUUGGGAGGUUGUGGGUUCAAUUCAGGGCCAGAUCAAUACUUAGGGGUUUAGUAUAACUGAGAAAUGAAGGUAACUUCCUAUGCCCUACAAACAGUUACACCUUUGCAUAUGUUACACGUAAAAUUAUUUGAUUUCAGGUUAAAUUUUUUUAGACCUAGGUUGAUUCUCAAUUUCCUUUGUCUUCUAGGGCUAAGAGACAUUGGAAAUUGAGAAUCAACCUAGGUUAAAUCAAAAUUAACCUGAAAUCAAAUUUGACCGGUAACACAUACAUGUGUGCCCAUGUAAAAUGAAGGCCCUGUCUCCAAAAGAAGAGAAAUAGUAGUGUCCUCAAUUAGUACUGUCGUGCUAAAUGUAUUAAAUUUUGAUAAACUUUGUAUUAAUCAAUCACGACUGUUAAACCUCAUUUGGACUGGUUGAGGAUAGUUUACUCAUGUGUUGGGAGUUCAGAUUAAUUUGUUUUGAUCAUCAGCUGCAUGACCUCCAACUUCUUGUACUUGAGCUCAUCUACUUUGCUUUCUAGAAUUAUUAGUACCACCAUUUUCGCUUAAUUAAGCCCUGCCCUCAAAAAAGCCCCUGUUUCUAUUAAUCCCCCCUCAAAGUGUUUGAAAUAAAUAAGCCCCCUAGGGGUUUAAUAGAGGAUUUAUGGGAUUCUUAUGUGCUUUUGCAAAGUGGAAUUGGAGUAUUUUGGCACUCACCAGGAGCUACACUCUUGAAAUCAAUCUAUAGACAACUGUUUUGCUACUAACAGAACAAGAAAAUUGUAAUCAUGCCUCUUUGCUCACUGGAUCUUUUGGUUCUCAGAUAGUCUGAAAUGUCAAAUGUCUGCACCCCCUAACUGGUGGAGAGUGGGGGGGAGAGAGACGUCUGAAUUCUAAUAGUUAUAUUCUUGUCCAGUGACAUCACCGACACGUACUUUUGCUAAUAUGGUAGGUAUUUUCUGAUUGGCUAUUAACUUUCCGAGGGAAAUCCUUUUAUUAUUGGCUGAACGCACUAAGGAAAACAUCUGGUUUGAGAUACAUGUAGUGUUGACAUUCAACACUAGUGUCAACACUUCAUUUCAAACUCGCAAAGUUAAACGACCUUGUGCAUUUAUUCUGGAGGCUUUACAGUGAAGCUUCACGGCACUCAAAAUGCAGAGCUCCUCAUAUCGAUCAUAUGCGUGCUGCUGUUCACAGUUCCGUGACUUAUGGCUGCCAACUUGUUAAUAUGCAAAAAUGCAUAAUUUACUAGGUGACGUCACCAGACGGCAUUAGUACGCUCGGAAUUCAGACAUCUCUCUCCCCCGCGCCCCCCACGGGUUAGGGGGUGGAGACAUAUGACAUGUCAGACUAGUCCUCAGACCAUCUAAUGAUUAUCAAUUUUUUUUUCAUUGUACUGAAAGAAAAAAUUGUUUUCUGUUCAAAUAGACAAAGUGUCUGAAAGAGAGAAAGAAGAAGUUGACGAAGACAAAAGAAGUGAAGAAGAAAGCAAUGAUGAUGAUGAGGUUUCACACAGCGACAGUGAAAUUGACUCUGAUGUUGAAGCAGCCAAAGAUAAACGUGGUGGGUCCGAUGACAAAGACCGUGAUGAUGAUGAUGAUGAUGAUGAUGAUGAUGAUGAUGAUGAUGAUGAUGGUGAUGGUGAUGAUGAUGAUGAUGAUGAUGAUGAUGAUGUGGAGAGUGAAGAUGAAUAUGAAGACCAUGGACAUAAAUCCACCCUCCAAGCUAGAAGACCCAAACAAUCGACUGAUGUAAAAGAAGGCAAAACAUUGUUUAUCCGUAACGUUUCAUUUGAUUCCACUGAGGAGGCUCUCCAGGAUCUGUUUGAGCAGUUUGGAGACAUGGAGUACUGCAAGUUAGUUGUGGACAAGCGGACCGGUCANACUGAUGUAAAAGAAGGCAAAACAUUGUUUAUCCGUAACGUUUCAUUUGAUUCCACUGAGGAGGCUCUCCAGGAUCUGUUUGAGCAGUUUGGAGACAUGGAGUACUGCAAGUUAGUUGUGGACAAGCGGACCGGUCACAGCAAAGGAAUGGCGUUUGUGAAGUUCAAAACCACAGAGAGUGCUGAGCAGUGUCUCCAAGGAACUUCUGAUGAGGGUGCAGGUUAGGUCGUGGUGUAAAUAAUAGGCUGAUUUAGCAACAGAACGGGAACGUUAGUUGACGACGGCGCGCGCAAAUCAAACAACUGGCUUGACCAAUGGCUGAGCGGCACAUUGGGCACUGGAAGUAGAGUUUAGUCCUUUUUGCGCGCUUUGCCGUCGUCAAAUGACGUUCCCGUUCUGUUGCUAAAUCAGCCUAAUUUAAUAGAGACCUUUAGAUUCUUAAACGAGGGCGACUAGGAGUACAAGAUUUUCUCAAUAGUAAGUAGCGCGCAUACGUGAACCGGUGUCAUUUUGGCGGGAAAACGUGAAACCCGUCACCAUUCGUAGUGACGGAAACAAGUUAUCAAAUGUUAGAAGUUUUAUCAUUUUGCAAUCGCGAAAGGACUUAACCUCCUUCACUAAAAGUAACCCUACUAACUUUUGUGGUGAAAAAAGUGAAAUUGAACUUUCGAGCGAAAAGAAUUUUUUAAAAAGUCAUAUCUUGUCUUCGUAGUCGUUCUCGUCCCCGAAUCUACAGUUCUCUAAUGAAAGAAAACCUGAUGCUGACGCAGAGUCUUUCUUUACCUGUUUUCCAGAAAAGUCGUCUGCGAGUGAGAGCAGUCCCUUGGCCCUUUGUUAUAAAUGUAUAAACCUUAAAAAAAAACAGCUGAAGUGGAAGAAAGUUACUGUUCGAGUUGCUUUCUAAAUGCCAUUGAAUUCAACCUGCUGAAAGCGGCAGAAUGUGCAACAGCUUUCCAGCCUUUUGAAUGGCUGGUUUCCUUGUGGCAUUUGAUUGAAAUAAUGAUAGUACUCAAUUUAUAUUAUGCAGUAAUUUUAAUUGUAUUUAGUCCCCAGAACAUUGAAAAGGACCCUAGAAAAUUCAUACAUAAAGAGUUGAGGUUUCGCUAAGGUUUUAAUUAACUUAAAAACCAGGAAGGUUUAGGUACUGUAGGAAUUCUAACAUGCCAUUUUUUUUUAAUCUAGGUCUUUCUUUAGAUAACUUCACACUGAAUGUAACCAAAGCUGUUACACGUGGAAAAGCGACAGAGCUGGCCAAGGAAAGAAAAAGGACAGGAGGGAAUAAGCAAGUUAAAGACAAACGCAAUUUGUAUCUGGCUAAAGAAGGUCUUAUUCUUCCAGGUUCGACUGCCGCUCAAGAAUUGUCAAAAAGUGAUAUAGUAAAAAGGCAGAAGGCUGAGGCAGAGAAAAAAGCAAAACUGGAAAAUUCGAACUACUUUGUCUCAACGACCAGGCAAGUGUACAAUAACGAUAAAUGAAUUUUAUUUACCAGCUUUUCUGGACACAGGCCUGCCCAGGGGGAAUGUACACGAAUGGGACUCGUAGGUCCCAUGCGAGGUGCCAUCCCUACCCAAUCCAUAAACAAACACGCUCCUGUUUGUCUAAGGGUUGAUUUCCAGUGUCACGUAAUUUUUACGUGGGUACGUGCGUUCGCAAAUAAAAUAGAGGCAAUGCAUGAAAUGUCGCUCGUAAGCGUAACAGUCGAACGUCGCUUAACUUCUCGUUUAAGCUGGGCACUUUUUAUCUUGCCUCUAUUUUAUUUACUUGAUUGAAAUUUGCGUGCGUUAAUGUGCGUAGCCAAAAAAGCGUCAGUAGAAAUCAACCUUUACUCAACAAACCACUGAUCGCGUUUGUUUGCUUCUUAGUAAGAACGAAAUGUUUCUACUCUUUGGCUUUAGGCUUUGCGUGCGGAACCUUCCCCUCAAUGUUGACGAUAAACGGCUUAAAGAAAUUUUCAGCACCGUGGCAGGAAGAAAUGCAUUUGUCAAGAAGGUGCUGAUAAUUCGCAGCAAAGAUCGCGUGGACAGUUCGGGCCGCGGACGUUCUAUGGGAUAUGGCUUCGUUGAGUUUGCCAAUCACAACGACGCUUUGGCAGCCUUGCGCGCAACCAAUAACAAUCCAGAUAUAUUUGGCGCCGAUCGCCGCCCGAUUGUUGAGUUUUCAUUGGAGAAUAGCCUCGUUGUGAAGGUGAAACAGCGGCGGUUAGACAAAGCUCGACAAAGACAGCAGCCAGAGAGUGAACAGCCCAAGACAAAUAAAGAGAAGAGACUGGAAAAGAGUCAGAAACGGAGAGAAAAAAGGCAGCGAAAGAGAGAAGCGAACAAGGAAAGGAAAUUAGAGGAGGGAAAGGAAGGCAAAGAAGAAAAACGUGACACAGGAAGUAAGGAGGGCAAAGCUCCAAACAGCGAUGUAAGGUUCCAAAGAAAAAAUAGUGAAAAUUCAUGGAAAACGAAAAAAGGAAAGAGGACAUCUUCAGCGGAGCUACCAGCUCCUCGAGAUCUUGGUAAAACUGAUCGUCAAAAACAGAGAAAGUUUCCACCCAUUUCUUCAAACGUGAAUAAAUCCUAUAAUGAGCCUGCGGUAGCGAAAGCCAAUUUACCAGCGGCUAUUAAGGAUAACAAAAAGAAGAAACCUCUGAAAGGAGGGGGGAAUAUUGGUAAAACUUUUCACGAAAGAGCUGAUUCAUUUACUCACACCAACGCAGAGAACGAAGUUACGAAUAGAAAGAGGAAAGGAGCUAGGCGGAAAGAGCAGGAGAAAAAAGACGAAUCCAACUUCACCGACAUGGUGAACAAAUAUAAGAACAAGUUGUUUGGAAGGGAUGAAGGCGAAGUUCCUGCUAAACGUUCGCGCUGGUUUGAUGAUUAA